AUUCCAUCGCCAUCUAGCCUAAUUAAUUUAAGAGAAGUCGGCUAUAUCUAAAUAACUUCAAAGUCACUAUUAUAUCUUACCUACUACAAAAUGGGGCCAACCGCGAACACAGGGUUCCAAUUCAUCACCUCUAUCAAUACCGUGGCACGCGAUGAGGAAACACGGCGCAAAGUGCGGUCCCACGCGCGACGGCAAAAGCUGCCCAAGGAGUCAAACCAGCCAGCAGAGCAACAGCCUUCGAAAAAGGCAAAAUCGCAAAAAGAGCACACGUCUAAGUUCAGGCUCAAGCCCGCGGGUUCGUCCGACGGCAAGCAGGAAGUCGUUUCUCGACACGAUAGGAAGCUAAAGAAAACCAACUGGCUUGCUGUAAGCGUCGCUAUGGAACUUCCGAAUUUCACACUGCUACACAUUGAGAAGACCCCGUUGACGGAGACCCUUAUGAAAUACUGCAUGGCUGUGUGCUUAUCGCCGCAGGAAAACGCCGUAGAGAAGUGGUUCGAUCGCACGGGUGCGCCAACAUACUUGAAUACAUAUUAUAGCGGUUUCCUCGCUAACGCAUUCGCGAUGAAUCCGGAAGGGACCUGGGUUCAAGCUCUUCAACUUGAUAAAGCUGCUACACAUGCAUUCAUUGCUAUGAUAGCGGCCAUGCACAACUCGCUGGCGAGGUGGGCUGAUACGAGCACGAUCGACUUCCACCGAUUUCAGGCCGUUAAGAGUAUCAACGAGAGGCUGAACCUAGAAGGCAAGGAUGAUAGCAAGCCUAUCUCGGAUGGUCUUGUCGUCGCUGUUGCUCUACUUGUUAAUAUCGAGGCUUUUAUCGGUUCGCUGGCGGCCGCUGCGGCGCAUAUGAGUGGCUUAAAAAGGAUGGUCGAUCUUCGAGGCGGCAUCGUUGAGGGUUUUCAGCAUAGCACUAUCCUUCAACGAUCAAUCUCAUGGGCCGACUAUUCCUACGCCACCGCCGCGCAUAAGCCGGUGGUCUUCCCCUUUAUACCGCAACUCGCAUCGUCCCUCGCCCUACAUGAUCGGUUCACAAGUCGCUCGAUGUUGGCAAACAUGGAACCUCUCGGUUAUAAGGACCUUACUGUCUCGAACCGCGAAGCAGUCGAGCUCUUCGAGCUUAUAUACUCGAUCACCGAGUGCAUCAACAACUUCGAUUACGCAAGCCUCGAAGACACGUACGGACAGCGAAUCCAAGUCAGCGAUUCCAUUUAUAUGGUCGAGUGGCGGCUGUGUCAGCUGGAAGAGUACUCCCGAUCGCGCCAGUCUUGGAAAAGAGCAGGCUCUGUUCCAUUACUGCCAUCGAUUGAAGGGGGUGGUGAUCCGCACGUUCACUCGGCGACCGAUUUAUCAGACGUGCUCAUCUAUGCUGCUCAUUUGUUCUUACACCUUGCCAUCCGAGGCCAGCCUCCGUCGGCUCAAAGACAUCGCGCGUUGACAGAAGCGCUUAUGUCAUCUCUUUUCGACCCCGUCUUGGCUCUCGAUAUUAUGUCACCACCGAAGACUUACGAGGGCCCUGGAACACAAGUUAGUAGGGGUAGUGCGGGGCCAAGUACCACUGGAAACCCAUACGUCUCAACAUCGGAGAUAUCGCACGUCAACACUUCGAAGUCGCCACAGAGAGACGAGCUACAUGCCAACAUCCUCCUCUGGGCGUUGUUCGUAGGAUCUUGUGUUCGAAUCCCGGUUGCGCUAGGCGAGACGGCACUACUGCUCAACGACCACCACGAGUUCUUCAUCAACGCACUGAAGAAUUAUUGUCGGAUGAGAGGGAUCUUCGACAGGGACACGUUCGUGGAGAAGUUGAAGGAUAUUAUGUGGUUAUACAGUUGGUGUGAGCAUCAGCUCUCGCUCGUGUGGAUGGAGAUUGGCGGUGAUCUUAGGCCUUGGGUAACGGCGGAGAAUCAAGGGGAUAUUGAUGCGAGAGUGAGUCACGAUCAACGAGCGCAAUGAUUUCGAAAUAUUGGAAUAAAAGGACGAGUAAUAAUGUCUAAUAUUGUAAUAGUAAUAGGCCGCAAGGUGAUAAUGUACGUAAGAUAGUCUCGACUCUAGUGUCAGUAGUGUAAUAUUAAUUUACUUACCAUCAUUCACA